AUGUCGGACAGUCUGCCGGAAAUGCAAUAUCGGAACCUCGGCCGUACCGGUCUCAAGGUGUCUGUCAUCUCGUUGGGAAGCUGGCUAACCUACGGUGGCCAUGUGGGAAAUGAAACUGCGUUUGAUUGCUUAAAGGCGGCCUACGAGGCUGGCAUCAACUUCUUCGAUACUGCCGAAGGGUAUUCUGGAGGUCAAUCGGAGAUUCUUCUGGGAGAAGCAAUUAAGAAAUUUGGCUGGAAGCAGAACGAUCUGGUGAUCUCGACCAAGCUCUACUGGGGCGGAGCCAAUGGCGCCAACCCCAACAAACCACUGAACAACAAGGGCCUGUCAAGAAAGCACAUCAUUGAAGGAAUGGAUCUAUCCCUCCAACGGCUCAACCUUCCUUACGUGGAUAUCGUGUACGCUCACCGACCGGACCGCGAAACACCCAUGGAGGAGGUCGUCCGCGGCUUCAACCAUCUCAUCAACACCGGCAAGGCUUUCUACUGGGGUACUUCCGAGUGGACCGCCAGCGAAAUCGCCGACGCCUGGCGCAUCGCCGACAAACUCCAUCUGAUCGGUCCGUGCGUCGAACAGCCCCAGUACAACCUGCUGGCUCGCGAGCGCGUGGAGAAGGAAUAUCGCUGGCUGUACGAGGCUCACGGUCUCGGUCUGACCGUGUUUUCACCGCUCAAGGGCGGUGUUUUGACGGGCAAGUACAAUGACAGCACGAAUCCUCCGCCCGGAUCGCGUCUGGCCGAGUCGAGUGAUGGGUACAUCCAGGGAUUGCGCAAGACGGUGGGCGAUGAGGGGUGGAAGAAGCAGUUGGCGCAGGUGGCGGCUUUGAAGCCGAUUGCGGAGGAAUUGGGAGUCUCGACGGCGCAGUUGUCUUUGGCUUGGAUCUUUAAGAAUCCUCAUGUUUCUUCGAUGAUUAUUGGUGCCUCUCGUGUGGAACAGGUGUAUGAGAAUGUGCGUGCGCUGGCCGUCGUGGAGAAGUUGACCGAGGAGGUUUUGGAGAAGAUUGAGGCGGCGGUUGGUACCAAACCUGCUAUGGAGGUGACGAGAUUCUAA